AUGUUAGUAGGUCGUCCAGAUCAACAUGGACUUCCUUCGCUCGUGGUCAAUCGCACGAGACCAAUCCCCGUAAACCAAGUGGGAGUUGGUACGAGCAUGCCUCGACAAACUCCUUCAGAGAUCAUAGUCAUAGACGACGAAGACAAUGACGACCCUGGAGUUGGACCUUCGAACAGACCUAACGCACGAUCAUCAACCCUCCCACAGCUGGACGGAACUCCCGGCAGACAACCAUGGGUCGGUUUUGUGGAUCUUACCAGCUCGCCAGAACUACAGAGACACGCCAAGCGACCAAGAUUGUCUUCUGUCGACACCGAUAACUUCAUACAGCAGGAUCAUAUAGGAGCAGACUUUCCGCACACACAAGAGGAAUUCGAGAAUGCAUUUAUGCAAGCAUAUCCUAACUUCUUCGAAGACGCUCUAGUACAGCACGGCUCACCAGAGUUCAUGGAGGAUGUUAUCUUCAACCCAGUACAAGCUUUGCCCAAAAAGCCAGUCGAGCCUCCAUAUUUUCACGACCCUAAACUGGAUGUACGAAUGUUUCGUGGUCCAGGCUACGCACACUUUCCAGUGCCGAUCGAUGCAGACCCCAAAUUCAAGCAAUUUUGUGACGAUUGGAAUGAGACGGCCGAGCGCAGGACCCAGCGCCGGAUGUUGAAGCAGACUCGGCACAAUGCAUUCGGACCUUACGUUGAUGAGUCUAUCGCCGUGGAGGACAGCGAUGACGACGACAAGGACAAUGCCCAGACGCUCACGCCUGGUCAAGCUGAUUGUUUAGCCAAAAUACUGGAGGUGCUUCCCGGUAUUCAACAUCAAUUUGCGGUAUCUAGGAUCAAGAUGCAGCACGAGUCCUGGAGUUUCGGUAAUGAGGAGAUUGAGGUUGUACCUGAUAGCAAUGUUAUUGUCGAGCAAAUCCUUGGCUUGGAGACAUAUCCGAAGAGAGUCAAUAACACAAGCUCCAUUCAGGACCCUUUUGAGGCUGAAACAGGCAAGAUAAUCAAAUGGGACAUAGACAAUCGCAAACACAAAGACUACAGGCGAGAUGCUAUCGUCAUUCUUGCAAGUCAGUUCGAACAUGUGCCUACGCAUUACAUCGACAGGACUCUGAAGGACAAAAAGUCGCUAUGGGAUACGUAUCGACACAUCGAAAAUGACGAGAUCAAUUACUUUCAAACUACACCACGGCCAUACUACCGCUCGAGUAGACCUCGCACUCAGCUUGAGAAGAAGUAUCGACGUCCUCCCCAAUCAGAUCCGAAAUGCUACACGAGCUUGAUAUGCGAGCUACAGGCUGUGAAGCAGCACAACGCCCGGGAGAACCUUAAGAAGGGUCAAGAAGAAGAGAAAGCGAACUCAGAACGAAAAAAUUUGGAGCAGCACAAGGCAGAUGGGACAAUAGUUGAAUGUCAAAUUUGUUUUGACGACGAGAUACCUAUCAACCGAGCUGUGACGUGUACAGCCAGCUCCGGCGAACAUUCAUUCUGCUUCGACUGCGUUGGGAAGCUAGCAGAUACUCAGGUUGGCCUCAUGAAGUACGAAAUGGUGUGCAUGGACGAAAGUGGCUGCAAGGAGAAGCUGGACAUGGAGUCCGUGGGCCGUGCCAUUCCCAUCAAAACUUUCGACAGGCUGCUCUUCAAUCAGCAACAAGCUGAAAUUGCUGCAGCGAACCUGGAAGGCCUCGAACAAUGCCCCUUUUGCGAUUUCAAGGCCAUUUGUGAUCCUGUCGAGACAGAUACAACCUUUAGUUGUCAGAGUCCGGCGUGCUUCAAGGUGACCUGCCGGAAAUGCCACGAAAUCUCUCAUCUGCCGAAGACGUGCGAGGAAGCCAAGAAAGAUCGAAAGCUUGACGUCAAACACAGAAUUGAGGAAGCUCGAUCUGCUGCAAUGAUGAGACCCUGUCCGAAAUGCAAGACAAAUCUGAUCAAAGAGUUGGGUUGCAAUAAAAUGAGAUGUCAGUGUGGCGCGGUGAUGUGUUACGUCUGCAAGCAAGACCUCUCUGAUAUGAGAGACGGUUAUGCGCAUUUCAACGGCAGUAUGAGCAUUCAAAAACCCAAAUGUCCAUUGUAUGAUAGACCCGAAAUCGAUCGUCAUGUCCAAGAAGCCAAUGAGGCUGAAAUAAAAGCUAUUAAGGAAGCCAAAGACGCCGACGAGACUAUUGAGGAGGACGAGUUGCGCAUCGAAACUGGCAAAAGUGCACAACCGAACGUACCACCAAAUCGUGCCGGCUUUCCAGGAUAUCGUGGAGACAUGUUGCAAUUCGAAGAAGACCUACGCCGCAGGGGACGCAGACGGAACAGAGAAUUGAUCGAACGACCAGAAAUGCCGCAUAUCGCUUAUCCUUCACCUAACUUGGCUGCAGCGCCUCAGCCUCUUGGUCAAGCAAAUAACGUGAUCGAUGGCGCUGGGCUGAAUGACCGGCUUCAAGUUCUAGCUGCUCAGCGUGCUACGAAUGAACAAGGCGCGGCCGCAACGAUCGAAGCCUGGAGAAACCAGAUCAUUCAUCCGAACGGUAUACUAGCAGUACCGGAUGUCAACGACAUGCUGGAUGCCGAAAUUCAGGCGGCCAGAAACUUUGCUAGGGUUGAGCGGCUACAAAAUUUUCGAGCUGACAUGGACCGAAGGCGACAGCUACAAUUACAGCGGCGGAACAAUGCUAGGGCGCGUGAACAUGUGGCUGCUCAGGACAUAGAUCCAACUCAGGCUCUGGGCAAUCAUGAGGAAGAGGUAACUCGAUGGUUACAGCCACAACUGCAAAGGCCGCAAGGGAGGGAUAACCCAUUCCCGCAAGCCCACAUACCGCAAUACAACGACAUGCUACGAAACACACCGGAUGAUCUACCAUGGUUACGACGAGAACCGGGAACAGCGAUAGCUGUCGGUGCUCACCCUGGACACGGCAAACAAGCAGCUAUACCUGGCCACAACUGGAGGGAGCAAUUUCGACCUCCGACACCAGUCCGUCAACAGCGGCAACAAGAGCACCAGAGGCAAUCUCCGUUUGCAGUAGAUCGGCAACUUCCACCCAGAAGACGGACUGUACCUGAGGGACCAGCCUGGGCAACUUGGAACGACUUUGACAACGACAUCAAUGCUAACGUCGAUGCAGCCGUUGAGAUGGGCCACCUACAGGGACAAGCGAGACAGCAGGCGGAUCUGCCAGCAUAUAAUCGCAUGUUUGGAUACGAGUUGUGA